AUGGUGGAGGCUUGGCUGAUUCUAGGAGACUUUAAUACUAUGUUAUCUGUUAAUGAUAGAAUUUAUGAAAAUCCUGUUAGCCAAAGUGAAGUGGUUGAUUUCCAAGCUUGUGUUGAGGAUACUGGUCUGGGAUUGUUGAAUAGAAAGGGAUGUCAGUGGCCUUGGUGCAAUAAAAGAGAUGCUACUGAAGAAUCUACAGCAAUAUUGAUUCGGCAUUGGGGAAUUCUUGCUGGUUCAUGCAGUAUAGAGGAAGAAUUCAUCAAGAUAGUACAAGAGGUGUGUGCUCAAAAGAUUACUGGAUACACUAUGUAUUCAGUUUGGCAAAAACUGCAGAUUCUGGGAAGCAGAGAAAAAGGGAUGAAUGGAGCCUAUAAUUCAGUGGACAAAAGGAUUGAAAUACUCAAAGAUCAGCUGCAGAAAGUGCAAAAGGGGAUAGAUAAUGAUCUGUUCAAUAAUACUCUGAUCUUGGAGGAGAAAGAGUUGUUGAUGCAAGUAGAAAAAUGGGAAGGUAUUCAAGAGAAGGUAUACAGGAAGAAAUCAAGGGCAGUGUGGAUUGCAGCAAGAGACUCCAACACAAAGUUUUUCCAUGCCUAUUUGAAGGCAAGGCAGGCUAGAAAAAGAAUCUCUACCAUCUGUAAUGAGCUUGGGCAAAAAUUGACUGAUCCUAUAUUAGUUGAGCAAGAGUUCACAUCUUUCUUUGAAGGCUUGCUAGGAACAAGGGCUAUUGAAUUACCCUGCCUUGAUGUGAACAUUGCUAGGAAUGGUCCUUGCUUGAGAGAGCAACAACAAGACCUGAUCAAGAGUAUAUCUGAGAUUGAGAUUAUACAAGGGCUUAAGGAUUUGCCGAGUGAUUGGCAUUGA